UUCAUAAUAAUAAUAAUAAUGGUGAUCCCAUGAUAUACCAAAAUGGAAAUGGAAAUGGAAAUGGGAAACCAGUAGUACUAGAACUAGAUCCUGCUAUUUAGUCUUUGCAAUGGGGAACAUUAGUAUAAUAUACUAUUAUUAUUAUUACAUACAACAAGGGUUGUAGUUUUUGGUUAGGUUGCUGUGUAUAGUUAUUGGGAUAUUAAUGUGGGGCUGAUCCAGGUGUUUUUUGAACGGGUUCAGCUUGUGAAAAAGUUCAAUUUCACAACCACAUACAUCACUUGUUACUAUUUUACUAUUACUAUUACUAAUACUAUUGUGGGAAAAUUGGGAAAGUGUAUGAAUUUGUUUUGUGUGAGGAUUAAGGAUGCCUUUCUUUUCUUGUGUUAUUAACAGACCCCUGGAGAAGAGACAGAGAGUUCCCUCGGCAUACAAUCCUUUCAUCAAGGAUGAGAUCCAACGCAUCAAGUCUGUGAAUCCUGAUAUUUCUCACAAAGAAGCCUUCAGUGCAGCUGCUAAGAAUUGGGCUCACUUUCCACACAUUCACUUUGGUUCCAUGCCUGAUGGGAAGAAGACAAAUGUUCGCCAGGAGGAAGGAGAAGACGUUCUGAUGAAGGAUGGGUUUUUUGCAUCAGCCAAUCAAGUUGGUGUUUCUCCUUACUAAUAACAUAAACAUCAAUCGAUCGACUAAUAUUAAGCAUAUAUAUAUAUGUAUAUAUAUGGCCAAGAAGCUAGAGAUGAAGACUACGUACGAACGUUUAUUGAAAGACAACACUAUAUUUCAUGGUGACCCUACGUAGUAAUUAGUAGUACUAGAAGGAAGGCUUUUUAAUUUAAUGACGAUACUAUGUCUACUAAAAUGUCAUGUACUUUUUCAGUUCUCUUUUAUAUCUCUUUCUCUAAAAUGUUUAAGACCAUUUGUGGUUGAACACUACUUAAUUGUCUAAUCUUAUGCUAAUUAAACUA